AUUGAAAUCUAUUGGGAUUUUCUCUCCUCAAUGCUGUAAUGUAUAUUCCAAGUAUUGCUGCUGAUUCAUGCAACUUGUCGGCAUUUGGACAGUGGACAGUGGGAACAGGCGGACAGUGAGGAUGGGGAACAAUCAUCUAAAUAUCACCUAUCGCAGGGACCAGCUUUUCAAGUGAUAAGUGUUAUAGAAACAUUGUAACAGCGGCUGUUAGUUUCAGGUGACGGCUCUAACAAUGGGAGCUGGAGAUUGAAAGCUGACCUGCAUCAAUGCCUCUGUCCCCUAGGCUAGUGACAUCCUUGGAUCAGAACAGGCAAGUACAUGAAGGGAUCAGUUUCAAGCUGAUGAUUGCUCCAGCCAAAUUAAAAUGCAGAUGUCUUCUUCUAAAAGACAGCAGAAAACAGCAAGUGCCGAAUAUAACAACUUGUACCGAUCAGUAUGGAGGGCGAUGAGUUGACCACUGCCAUUGCCUAUUUAACGGGGGGCUCGCUCGGCCAGUUCCAAGAGCAGCAUUAGGCCCAUUGCUUGUCGACGAGAGUUCAGAAACCAUAAAGUGCAAGUUAUAGUGACCUGGUGACAUCUACUGGCCGAACACGAGUCGUGCAACAAGCGACUCCAGAUUGGUGAGUCAAGCAGAGAUCUGAUUGGCAGUAUGAAGAAUAUGACGAUUAUUUUACGAAAAUUACAAUUAACCAAUCAGUUCUGAGCACACCACCAUUCCUCCUGAGGGUAUAAGAGAAGUGAAAGAAGGCGGAUAUCAGCAUUUUCUGUGAAAGUGUUUGCGGGAUUGUUACAAUGUCUGGAAGAGGAAAGACCGGUGGGAAAGCUCGGUCCAAGGCCAGGUCUCGCUCCUCCCGGGCCGGACUGCAGUUCCCGGUGGGCCGCGUUCACAGGCUGCUGAGGAAGGGUAACUACGCUGAGCGUGUGGGUGCCGGAGCCCCGGUCUAUCUGGCCGCCGUGCUGGAGUACCUGACGGCUGAAAUCCUCGAGCUGGCCGGCAACGCGGCCCGGGACAACAAGAAGACCCGCAUCAUCCCCAGGCACCUGCAGCUGGCCGUCCGCAACGACGAGGAGCUGAACAAGCUGCUGGGAGGGGUGACCAUCGCUCAGGGCGGAGUGCUGCCUAAUAUCCAGGCCGUGCUACUGCCCAAGAAAACCGGCGCCUCUGCAGCCGCCAAGACCAAGUGAAGCGACCAUUCUUUAAACCGAGAACCCAAAGGCUCUUUUCAGAGCCACUCACUGAAUCAGUGAAAAGGGCGACCUGUUGUCUAUCCGGAUGUGUGAUAACAUCCCUAUCGAUUCUGAAUGACAUUAUAUUUCUAAUGCGAUCUGUGAAAACGAUGGUUACAACGAGACGCUGGCGCUGUUGCCUUAUCCAGACAUCAGGAGUCUCUGCUGCAUCUAUAUAUGACCAAUUGUCAAUGUUCAGAAAGACGUUCUUUAAUAAUUAAGUCAUCCCAUUUCUAAUUCAAUGAUGUGAAAUUGCAUACAAUUGUAAACAGAAUCAGCACCAAACCCCAAAUACAGCAGAGGGAGGGAACCGGCUAAACAAAAUGAAUGAAAAUAAAUUGUCGCUCUGACAAUUAGGAGCUGGAGCUUUUAAUAAGAAAUCGCUGCUCUUUCUCUGCACGACUAGGCGGCGUUAAAAAAGAGCCUUUGUGGCAUGUGAAACUGAAUCCGGGUUUUAGUGCAUGUGUGAACAUUCCGAUCGCUUCGCAAUGAAAACAUUCCUGAUGAUAUCUGUGAACGAAUGGGUUAGAGUGAGACGCAUCCUGCUAGCACUGUUACAUCUUACUGACAUCAGUUAGUAUGUGCUGCAUCUAUUUAUGCCCAAACUCUUCUAUUAGGGAAAACGUUCCCAAAUCAUUAAAACAAUCGCCUUUGAAAUGACCUCAGAUAGUCUGAAACAUCAAGUAAAGGGAACAAAGGUCAGUUACGGGGUGACAAAUUGAGGAAAAUAAAUUGUAGGCCUGAGACGCUAAAGUGCUGGUGUGGUUAAGAGAUGGCAGCUCUUUCUCUGACCGACUUGGUGGCUCUUAAAAGAGCCUUUGUCGCACUUGGUGAUGAGGUGGGGUGUUUAGGCGCGCUCCCCGCGGAUACGGCGCGCCAGCUGGAUGUCUUUGGGCAUGAUGGUGACCCGCUUGGCGUGGAUGGCGCACAGGUUGGUGUCCUCAAAGAGCCCCACCAGGUAAGCCUCGCUGGCUUCCUGCA